UAUACUGAAUUCAUAUUGACAAUGUCAAAUAACAAUAGAUAACAUAUAAAUACUACAAAGGUACUGUAUGCAAAAUAAUGCUAAGGUGACCUUGGCCGAAACUAAUUCCAACCGACAGUGUUACUAAGAGUGCCGAAAUAAAAAAAAAUACAUGUCUGUAUUACAAUCUAUAUAGAUGUAAAAUCAAUAUAAAGAUAUCAGCAUUAUACAUGAGAUAAUGUAUAUAAAUUUAAAAAUAUCUAUUAAUUUUAGAAUAAUUUCAAAGAUUUAUAAAUGAUGUUAUUAAUUCAGCAACUUUCUUCCUUUCACAAAAUAUAGAAUUCAAUAUUGUAGCAGACAAUGUCACUAACCAAAACCGAUUGAUUUUUUUUACUUUUGGUAACAUUUUUCUUUGUUAAGUACUUUACUCUCUGCUUUUACUCUUUGAUUAGGUACUUUAUUAUAGUGGCGCUCAUUUAUCACACAGCUGUGAUCUUUGUGUUAAUUUUAUGUAGUCUAGGGAUGUUUUACUUUGUAUAGCUAAAAUUAUGUCUCGAGGAAUAAUUUUAGGUCAUAUUAAACCCUCAAAUCGUUCAUUUUUACUAUAUAUACAGUGUAGUAACGCUUAAUUAAUCAGUUGUCAUUCAGUCAUAUGUUGCUAAUUAGUGAUGUCAGUGUUUGUUUACUAAUGAUAUUACAUACCUGCUUUCUGAGCACCAAAAACUUUAACUAAGUUUUCGUUAUGAAUAUUUCGGAAUCAGUAGAAGAAUCGUCAUCGAAACGACAAGAAAAUGGCGACGCUUCGUGUAGUUCUGAGCGCCCACACAAGAAAGCACGCUUUGCAUGGCAAGUUAAAGGCAAAUAUCACUUGAAAAAUGAAUCAAGUGACUCGAGCAUGCCGACUAUGAGUUUAAUGAGUGAAACUGAUAAAGAUGGGCCGUCUUCGGAUAGUAAAGACUGUACAAAUAAAAGCUUUGUUGGUAAUACUGAACAAAAUCUAGAGAUAUUAGGAGAUUAUCUAUUGAAACAGGAUUUCACAGAUUUCAACUCGCCCACUACGAAUACGGACAUAUCUCUUUUUACAUCAAGUCCAAGAUUAAAUGCAGAUGUUGUACAUUACCCAAAAUAUGUGUGCUCUUUUAACAGUAAUAAUAGAUCUAGUUCCACAUUUGACAUAACUAAUAAUGCUGAAUUUGUAGCAGUACCAAUGUCCAUGAUUGUUUCACAAAGUUACCGUGAAGAUGAAUGUAUAAGCCGUUGGCAAUCUAGACAGAUAGCUAAAGGUUUUGUGGACAAUAUGAUAAAUCGUGUAAUUGACUCAUGGACACAUGCACCUCUACCACCCCAUAUGGAUAUAUCAAGAUUGGCAGCGUUAGAUGCUGCUGAAUUUGUCAACAAUUUACCUGAACCCUACUCAAGACGACGACUUAAUGACUCUAUUGAAAAUGAAGGAAUUCUUAUGGCAAUUUCAGCACAUGGAUUACAAAACACUUCAAAUUCAAGCAGUAAUAAUGACAGUGAAGAUAAAGAAGAGACAUCAAGCACUACAAAUAAUAAUGAUCUUGCCUUUUUAUCACCACCAAGUAGUCCAGUAUACUCUGAUGAAGUCUUAACUAUAGAAUCUAAUAACAAGAAACUAGACACAAAUGAGUCUCCAUUAUCAGAUUUGUUAUGGCCAUGUGAUGAUAUUAUACAAAAAGACAAUGAUGAAGAUCAACUAACAUUCUUUCCAGAUAAUUCCAAUUCUUAUCAUUUUGCUGCCAGUGACAAUAUUAAUACUUCAUUUGAAAAAUUUGAAGCUGUUGAAAAUGUAUCAAGCAGUCACUUUGAUUUUAUGGAUGCAGCUGUCUCAUUUGCUAUACAAAACAAAGGAUUAACAACUUUCGGAACUGAUUAUGGUUAAUACAUUCCUGUAAUAUUAAUCUCACAACAACAAAAUCUUGGUUAUGACCAAUAUGAAUAUUUGGAAUUGGACACCUCAAAAAUUCAAAUUAUAUUUAAAUGUUAAUUUUCUUCUUUAAUUGAGCUUACUUAUUAAUAGAAUUACACAGGUUUAUAUUAAUCAAUUGCUUUAGGUUGGCAUCCUAUAUCAAAUUUUUGUUAUGAAUGUCCUUCCAACAGUGCAGGGAAUGACUAACUCUUUAUGAAGCAAUUAAAUAGGUACCGAAUAAAAAGAUUAGUAUUUGCUAUAAAAUUAAGAAAUUUAUAAUAUUAUUGUUGUUGGGGGGAUGUGGAUGUUUUAAUUUAAGGUACCUUUGUAAUCAAUUUGAUGUAAUGGAUAGUUUCUUAAUACUUGAUAAGCACAAUACUGAAGUACAGACAUUUUAUAUUAAUGAGAGUAAUGUAAGUACUAAUUGGACAAUUGGCACCUACAAAAAAUCUGUGUAAAGCAUUACAGUUAAAAUAGUUUAAAAUUUAACACCUUGCUACAUAAUAUUUUGUAAUUGGACAAAUGUUACAUAACUCUCAUUAAUACAAUCAUUGUAUUAAAUUAUAAUAUAUUAUGUUAAUAAGGAUGCUUAUAAUUGUGAUAUUAUCAUUGAUUCCUGAAUAUGUCAAAUUUAUGUAUUAUAGUACAAUUGUUUCAGUUAUUGAAACAUAUCAUAUGACUGAAAAUAAAAAAAAGCAAAAGGAAUCAUACACUAUAGAAUAUAGUAAAGUAGUUCUUGUUAUACAAAUUUAUUUUAAGGACUUAAAAUAUUUGUCUAUCAUUAAUAAAAUAAGAUUUAAUUUUAUAUUCAGUCAGCAGGACUGAUCAUUAUUUUAUAUUUCUUUAACAUAGACUUAGUAUACAAUAUAUGCCAUACAUAUUACAGUCAAUAUAAUAAUAAUGAUACUCAAAAAAUAUUUUAUUUGAAAUG